AUGACACAUGCAAAAGCUACGAUAUUUCUCGGCCUUUUUUCUCUAGUCUCGGUUGUUAUAUUAUAUCUAUCAACGUUGGACGUUCAGAAUAAUCUUUCUCCACAAGGAUGUCGCAUGUCGAGGAUGUCGCCGUCAUAUAUCCUGCAAACAGAGUUCAACGCUUCGUGGACUUCACUGGCCAACCGUUAUAGCCUCUGGUUGUAUCGAGAGGUAGGAUGGGAAUCCAAUAUGAUACAUGGCAGCCAGCCCGUUUUGUUCAUUCCAGGAAAUGCUGGGUCGUCACGUCAAGUCAGGUCUAUAUCCUCAUCCGCGGUUCGGCAGUUCUAUUCUUCCCCUCAUUUGUUGUCGCAAGCAUUCGAAAGCACGUCCUUCAAACCGCUGGAUUUCUUUGCUGUUGAAUUCAAUGAGGACCUUUCAGCCUUCCAUGGGCCCACCAUGGAAUCUGAGACUGCAUACACGGCUGACGCCAUUGCUUAUAUUCUGUCCAUGUAUCCUCCAAACACGCCAAUCAUAAUUUUAGGCCACUCCAUGGGAGGCAUCAUUGCUACGUCCCUUUUACCUUCAGACAAAAUAUCAGCUAUCAUAACCAUGUCGACACCUCAUCUCCUUCCGCCGGCGCGCUUUGACCAGCGUAUCGAUCGAAUAUACGACCGCAACAAGCUCGUGCUGGAGAGCGACCCGACACCGAUACUGUCGAUAUGUGGAGGUGCGACGGAUAUGAUGAUACCCUCCGAGUCGUGUAUUUUGGAGAGGAUGGAUGCUCCGUUUAGACGCACCGUAUUCUCAUCCGCUCUCGAGGGAGCGUGGACUGGAGUGGGACACCGGGAGAUGGUGUGGUGCCAUCAGAUUCGAUGGCGGGUAGCCAGAGCCGCCCUGGAGCUUGGUGAUGCUACGUCUGUGGAGAGACGUGGGACUGUCUUGGAUAGAUGGUUAAGGGAUAGGAGUUGGUUUCCACCAAUUGGUGCUCCGCCUCAGCUGUUAGAGCGUGAUUCGUAUAGGAUUCUCUCCGAGAAUGAACAGCUCGUGCUUGAUAGGCCACGGGUUCGAGAGACGUAUCUCUUGCCUGUUCUCAGUGGUCCAUCAACGAAAUUGACGCUAUAUGUGUCGCAGGGAUCUGUGUUGGCUAUUUCUCCGCAUAAUCCAGGUCCGUUAGACGUGUCGGUUCUGCUAUGUCAGGCGACAGAUGACGAGGCCUUUGAAUGCGAAUCGCUAGAGCCUUCAGUGUUGAAGCUGAUACCUAAUCCGAAUCCAGGGAUACCAUUUCCUGUUCCACAUGAAGGGUCCGAUGAGUCCGAAGGGGUGGUCCUUUUCGAAGUGGAUCUAUUGUCCCCGCGUCAGGGCCGUCCAAAGUGGGUAGGCAUUAGACUUGAUCGAGCUGAUGGAUUCGGUUGGGUCAUCGCACAACUGGCCCCCGAGACCAUCGUAGUUCGUGAUGUCAAAAUCACAACACUACUUGCAGGAGGCGUUUUGACUCAUCUGCCUGACACCAGGGCUCUGCAUAUAUCCGUACACUUUCCUGAGUUAUUGUCAAAUGCGCUCAUCGUUUAUCGUUUGUCGCCACGUAUAUCUACCCCUGGCAAUGGAUGCAAAGAAAAGUAUCUAUCGCCGUUGCUAGUUCACAAGUCUCAUCCGGCGGAGACACACUACUUCCCCUUGAGGUUGACGCCCCACCGUGACAUCCUGCUUCAUACGCACGGUCCGGCACCUUAUAUAGAUACCGCCGUGUCGGUCCGUGGCGUUUACCUUGAUCUGCUGUUUUCUGGUGGCGAUGAUUGCAGGGCAGAUGUAAUAGAUUUGGAGAUUGCUUGGACGGCCACGGUCGGUCGUUGGGCAUCACGUUACUUCACUACUAUCAUCUCUUGGGCCAUCGGUAUUGUGUCGCUGAUCAUGUUAGAGCUAUGGAAGACAUCUGAUAAAGGGAUCGUAGUUACACCGAUGGUAACACAGUCCCUCGACUUCUUUUGCCGACGAAGACUCUUAGCCUUGAUGUUGGGAUCAUUCGUGUUUUCCGUCGUCCCGGUUCCCGUGAACUAUUUCUUGGGCACCAAAGGGGAACCAUUUUUCUCGCCUCUAGCACCGCUGUUUAUGGCGGUCGCAUACGGCCUUGUCGUCGUCAGCUACUGGUUUCUAUUCGCUUUCCUUUGGCCGCUCAGGUUGCUAUCCAAAUUUUCGCUUGGAAGAUCACAUCGGGAAAUCAUCAGUUUCAGCAGAGGAACAGCUGUUUCGAUGUCGCUUAUUCUUUUCCUUGUCUUCCUUGUUAUCCCGUGGCAGGUUGCAUUUCUUGGGUGUUGGUUUGUUCAUGCCGUUACUUGUGCUUCAAGUCCUCGUAGAGGGAACAAUUCGUUCAAAUCACCGUCGGGUUCGGUGAUGAUUUCCCUGAUGGAUUCACAUCCCCAUACAAACGGUGAAGAACUUGACGUUACUACGGAGCCCGUCGAUCAAUCAUCUCUCCAAAUCGCGAAUAAUUACAACCACAACAUGCACCUACUGCUUCUCAUGACUUGGCUUUUACCUCUCGCAGCCCCGGUCCUGGUGGUCUGGAUACGGACGCUUGUGACCGCGGGGUUUACAACGCCUUUUGAUGGAGACCAUUUUGUUCUGAAUGUGGCUCCGUUUCUCUUUCUUGUAGACUUUGCAUCGAGAACGACCGGUCCUUUAUUUGAGAAAACACGUCUCGAAAGGAUAGUAUCUGUCCGAUGGUCGCUUCUGGUUGUUACCGUGGUGGCGUUUGUAUACGGUCCGAAACAGGCUUACUUGGUGUUCGAUGCGACAAAACUCGUCGUUGGAUUGAUGGUAGUCUUCAGAAUUGGCACGAGAUACUGGGCUGGGUCUUUUUCAAGUGCAAGUACUAGACCUAUUCGACAAUAA